CUGUAGCAAACCACUUUUUGGUUUUAUGUAUUGCUGUUUAUCAUUUUGGCCACAAGAGGACAGCCUUAUACUGUUAAAAUGGUUAAAUAAGUUAAAAUCUUAAAAACAAACAGUUAAGCUACUUUCAAUGCAUUUUUACGUGAUUCGAGAGUAUUAAAUUAUAGUUCAUGAUUUGAGUUUGUUAUAAGAAAAUGUAAUUUAUGUGUUUUAUAUGUAUAUUGCUCAUUUUGGAGCUUAUGUUAUUGUGAGCUUUUAUUUUGAAGAGAUUGCUAACCAAUGUGUCACUUCCUCCUUGCUGUUUUGUGCGGGUAAAAAGGAAACAAAAGGACGGUCACAGUAUGAAUGAGCUAAGGUAACGGUGAAAGUAAAAGAGUUUACGGUAAAGGAAAAUAAAGUAAUAAAUCUACGUUAACUAAAGAGUGAAGCAACGAAGAAGGUAUAGCUACCCCCGAGGAGGCACAAGGUUAGUUAGAGAGUGUGUAUGUUACGGUUUACAUUACAUUACUGUGCUAAAGCUAAGCCAAUUUUCUCUCACCUUCGGUGAAGCUAUUAGGUAAUGGUGCAUUGUGUAAACAGAAAUGUAAUUUCAUUUUUUGUGUUUUGUUAGUUCUCACGGUGAAUUUCAUGGAGCUGAUUUAUGGAAAGGUUUAUGAAAAUAAAGACAGUUUCAAGAAAUCAUCAGUCGAGUCCACCAAUCUGUCGGAGGGUACGCUACAGUGAGAACUUACCCCAGCGAGACUCCAGUGACUAUUCUACCACAUGCAUCGCCACUUCAUCUGUGAACUCCACGGUUAAGCAGCACAACACGGAGCAACGCUGCAGCAUCCUAUGGUAAAGUGAUGGCUCAAGGGACGGUACAGACUACCAAUACAGUAAAAAUGGAUGCCUUGAAGGAACAGAUAAAUACUUUACAAGCAGAAAUUGAAGAAAAUAGAGGAUUGCUAAAUCCAAGGGAUGAAGAAGGCUUGUCAUGGCAGGAAAUUAAGGAGCUCACUGAAACCAAAAAUAAACAACUUAUUGAGCUGCAACAUGAAAUGAAUGACACUGAGGAAAUAAAAAUACCACGUCAUUCAGAACGCAAAACUGUACCCACAGAGAAGUUUCUUGCCUAUCAAAGGGAGGAACAAAGUAAAAAGGAAAGGAGACUGCUUAAUCUUUAUGAACAAUGGAAAACUCAAAUCAGAUCAACCAAAGAAAAUCUAAAGCAAAACACAACAGAUGUGGAACUGGCUAAAAUGGCAGACACUGUUGAAAACAGAAAGGAUGGCAUCAUGAAAAUUUACAACGAAAUGAGACAGGGUGCCACUCCAUGUGCUAAUUUAAGACGCAAAAUAGAUGCUUGUGAGGCAGUCACCAAUGACAUUAUGAAAAUAAUAAAUGAACGAUUAUCAGGAAUAGACGAUGUUUUUGAUGCAGAGCGUGAAAAGCGCAAACUCCGUGAGCUUCAUGCUCAUAACUACGCUCACUCCAUAUAUGGGACUGCUUCUCAGUCAGCUAGUUACUUCUCAGAAGCAUCAGUCAUGGCUGCAAAGAGAGCGGAAGCAGCUGCAGAGCUCGCAGCAAAAGAAGCUCAAUGUAAACUAAUGGAGGAAGAAAGAAAGCAGAAGGAAAAAAUAAGGAUGAUGGAGUCUGAAUUAGAGCGUUUGCAAGCAGAAAGGGACAGAGAAGUAGCACGUGUCAGACUGGAAAGCUACGACAGAGAAAUCAGACAAGAAACUGACAGUCAGCCCUUACAGCAAAUGAACAGUCUGCCUACACAGCAACAAGACAGCAGAUACAACAGGCAGAGCCCCGCCAUCCCCUUUGUGUAUCACCCAAACCCUUCCAUAGUCCCACCAAAUCCCCCCACUGACAUCUCCUCUCUAGCCCAAGCGAUCCAAGACAGCAUAACCAUUAACAGACUCCCCAUGCCAAUGCCCACGGUGUUUGGAGGAGACCCCAUCCACUACAUUGAAUGGAGAGCUUCGUUCAUGUCACUGAUAGAUAAAAAAGGCAUCUCAUCAGCCGACAAACUUUAUUAUCUAAAGAAAUAUGUCAGUGGCCCUGCUCACAAAUGUAUUGAAGGCACCUUUUAUCGAGAUGAUGAUGAAGCAUACAGAGAUGCAUGGAAUAAGCUCAACCAACGCUAUGGGCAGCCGUUUGUGAUUCAAAGAGCCUUCAGGGACAAGCUGUCAAAAUGGCCGAAAGUGCAAACCAAAGAUGCUGAAGGAUUAAGAACCUUCUCUGAUUUCCUAAAUGCCUGUCUCCAAGCCAUGCCUCAUGUGAAAGGCUUAGAAAUAUUGAGUGACUGUGAAGAGAAUCAAAAGCUGACACAGAAAGUUCCAGACUGGCUAGCAGCACGCUGGAACCGUCAUGUCUCAAUAGCUCUCAUGGAAGGUAGAGACUUCCCCACUUUUGAAGAUUUUGCCAACUUUGUGUCAGUAGAAGCGGAGAUAGCAUGUAAUCCAAUCACUUCCUUGCAUGCUCUGCACUCAUCUAGCUCAUCCUACGUCAAAAGAAGCACAAAUGAAAUAAAGGGAAACAAAGUAAGUGUCUUCAGCACUCAAACAAAUGCAAACACUGAAAAAAUGAGAGCAAACCAUGGAAAAGAACGGCCUCCCUGCAUGUGGUGCAAAGAUGAUAAGCAUCAACUGUCCAAGUGCUCAGUGUUCAAAGAAAAUUCCCUCGAAGAACGACGAACAUUCAUAAAAGACAAUAAACUGUGUUAUGGAUGUGUCAAGCCAGGUCACAGCGCUAAGGAAUGUCGUCACCGUCACACUUGUGAUCUGUGCAAGGGAAGGCAUCCCACCUGUCUACAUGAUGAACAUUACAAAGGGCAUGAGGAGAAAGACAGACCUGUAAACAAAGAAAGAAAGAAAUCUACAGUAAAUGUGAACACAACUACAAAUGAAAUUGUGACAGCUAGCCCACUCUGUGUCACUAAAGAGGGUCAGUCAUACAGCACUUCCAUGAUCGUCCCUGUGUGGAUCUCGUCUGCCUCCCAGCCAACUAAAGAGCAGCUCGUCUACGCACUGUUGGACACCCAGAGCGACAGCACCUUCAUUGAGAGAGAAGUAAGUGAUGAGUUACAACCAAACACUUUCCCAGUACAUCUGAAACUCACUACUAUGUUGGGAGAGAGCAUGAUAAUGAAAAGUGAAAGAGUGGAGGGACUUCGUGUCAGAGGCUACAAUUCAGGCAUUUACAUUGAUCUCCCCCCUUCAUACACCAAAGACUGUAUCCCCAUGAACCGCGACAACAUACCUACCCAUCAAACAGCGAAACAAUGGCCUCAUCUAGCUGCAAUCACAGAUCAGAUACCACCUCUCCUCAGCUGUGAUGUGGGACUCCUCAUUGGGUAUAACUGUCCGAGAGCUAUAAAGCCCAGACAAAUGAUUGAUGGAGCAGACAAUGAGCCCUACGCCGUCCUCACAGACUUGGGGUGGAGCAUUGUGGGUUGCUCUACACCUGGCCUUAAUGAAAGACAGUCCAGCUUGUGUCACAGAGUCAUGCUAAAGGAACUUCCUCCAGUAACACCGAUGGAUGUGAUAAGCGUCCUGGAGUCAGACUUCAAAGACACAAAAGGAGAUGACAAAACUGUCUCACAAGAGGACCUCAUGUUCUUGAGCAAACUCAAAGAUGGUAUAAAAAAGAAUGCCCAGGGUCAUUAUGAGAUGCCUCUUCCAUUCAAACAACGGCCCUCUCUACCUGACAACAAAAGGCUCGCUGAAAUCAGGCUCAAUCAUCUACGGCGUAAGUUCAGCAGGGAUGAAAAUUACAAGAGAGACUACACAACAUACAUGAAGGAGAUCAUAGAGAGAGGUGAUGUGGAAGAGGUGCCUACAGAUGGAGUUCAAGGUGAGCGAUGGUAUAUUCCACAUCAUGGGGUAUAUCACCCUCAGAAGCCUGACAAACUGCGCAUUGUGUUUGACUGUUCAGCAAAAUAUUCUGGCACAAGCUUAAAUGAACACCUGCUCCCAGGGCCAGACAUGAUCAAUAACCUAACAGGCAUUCUCAUAAGGUUCAGACAAUAUCCCAUUGCUCUUCUAUGUGACAUUGAGAAAAUGUUUCACCAAUUUCAUGUCCAAGAGGAAGACCGCAACUACCUCCGGUUCCUCUGGUGGAAGGAUGGAGAUACAACAACACAACCACAGGAGUACCGCAUGAAAGUACACCUUUUUGGUGCAGUGUCAUCCCCUGGGUGCGCGAACUAUGGACUAAAACAUUUAGCCAAAGAACACAGCCACUCACACCCAGUAGGAGCACAGUUUGUUGCAAAGGACUUUUAUGUAGACGACGGAGUGACAAGCACGGACAAUGUGGAAAAAGCCAUACAGUUGGCACAGGAAGCAAGGGAGAUAUGCAGCAAAGGUGGUCUCCGCCUCCACAAAUUUGUGUCAAAUAACCAUGCUGUAUUGCAGAGCCUGCCCCCAUCAGAGUGUAUGACAGAGACAAAGACAAAGGACUUAACAUUCAAUGACACACUGGAACGAGCUCUAGGAAUACAAUGGAGCAUAAAGGAGGACAGCUUCAAAUUCAAGAACACCUUAAAGGACCAACCCGCCACACGGAGAGGCAUAUUAUCUUCUGUCGCUUCCAUAUAUGACCCUCUCGGCUUUCUUGCACCAUACGUCCUCAACGGAAAGAGAAUCCUCCAAGAGAUGUGCAACCAGGGCACUGGUUGGGAUGAGCCCCUGCCAGAGAGGCUAAAACCACGGUGGGAGAGUUGGCAACAUGAUUUCACCAACCUACAGAAAAUAAACAUCCCUCGAUGUUACUUACCUGCUAACUUUGGAGAAGUUGUGGAAACUGAAUUACACCACUUCUCAGAUGCGAGCACAAGCGGAUACGGACAAUGCUCUUAUCUGAGAGUCAAGAACAAAGAAGGAGAGAUUCAUUGCUCACUAGUGAUAGGAAAAGCCCGUGUUUCUCCAACAAAAGUGACUACAAUACCACGGCUGGAAUUAACUGCAGCAGUAGUUUCAGUCUCCAUCAGUAACAUGCUUCGAGAAGAAUUGAGAAUUGUUGAUGGAAAAGAAUACUUUUGGACCGAUUCAAAGGUGGUGUUAGGCUACAUAAAUAAUGAUGCACGGCGAUUUCACACUUUUGUCGCCAACCGGGUCCAGAAGAUUCGCCACUGUACAAACCCACAGCAAUGGUGCUAUGUCCCCACAGAUGAGAAUCCAGCAGAUGGAGCAUCCCGAGGUAAAACUGUAAGUGAACUACUUGCAUCUGACUGGUUCACUGGCCCCAAGUUUCUAUGGGAAAAGGAGUUACCCAUUGAAAAUGAUGUAGUGCCAGACCUGUUCAUCGGAGAUCCAGAAGUCAAAAAGGCACAAGCCCUGCACACAAAAACCACAGAAACAAUGAGUCUUGUCGACCGCCUGUCCAAGUUCUCAUCAUGGUCUCGAGCUACCAGAGCCAUAGCCCGUCUGCUUCGACGAGUUAAAAAGAUCAGAUCACCUGCUCUAACAACAGUGAGCGAAAGAGAAAGUGCUGAGCAUGUCAUAAUCCUGGAUCUGCAAAGACAAGCAUAUGAGGAGGAGAUCAAAUCAUUGAGCAAAGGUAAUCAACUACAACGUUGCAACAAAUUACACCAUCUUGAUGUAUUCCUCGACACAGACGGUCUCCUCAAGGUGGGAGGACGACUCCGCCACUCGUCACUCACUGACUCCUUCAAGCAUCCAGUUGUCAUUCCUAAAGAGCACCAUGUGACAAAGUUGAUAAUAGCUCACAACCAUGAAAAGACAAAACAUCAAGGAAAAGGAUUCACAAUAAAUGAAAUCAGAGCCAGUGGAUAUUGGAUUCCUGGAAUGAGCAGAGCAGUAGCAUCACACAUCCAUCAGUGUGUGAUCUGUCGUAAACUCAGGAGAACUGCAGAGGGUCAAAGAAUGAGUGACUUACCUGUUGAACGCGUCGAGCCCUCCCCUCCUUUCACUUAUUGUGGUAUGGAUUGCUUUGGCCCUUUCACAACUGCACAAGGAAGAAAACAGCAUAAACGAUACGGCCUGCUCUUUACUUGUUUUUGCUCACGAGCCAUUCACAUCGAAAUGUUGGAGGAUAUGUCAACUGAUGCCUUCAUCAACGCCCUGCGAUGCUUCAUUGCUCUUCGUGGUGCAGUCCGUCAAAUACAGUGUGAUCAGGGCACCAAUUUUGUUGGCGCCAAGAAUGAAUUCAAGACAGCUUUACAAGAGCUUGACACACAGAGACUGAACACAUUCUUGUCACAAAAACAGUGUGAUUUCAUUAUGAACGCACCUCACUCCAGUCAUGCAGGGGGCGUGUGGGAACGCCAGAUAAAGACUGUCAGAAGUGUUCUGAGCUCUACCCUGUCUCUUUCUCAAGGCAGGCUCAAUGAUGCUUCAUUAAGGACUGUGCUGUACGAAGCUAUGGCCAUCGUCAACAGUCGACCACUCACUGUGGAUAACUUGAACUGCCCCGACAGCCUCGAACCUCUCACCCCCAAUCAUCUCCUCAACAUGAAGUCCAGUACAGCACUCCCUCCACCAGGCACAUUCCCUAAAGAGGAUCUGUAUGGAGCAAAAAGAUGGCGUCGUGUUCAGUUUUUAUUGGAACAGUUUUGGUGUAGAUGGAAACAAGAAUAUCUACACAAUAUCACCACAAGGCAACGCUGGCACACGCCGAGAAGAAAUCUGAUGGUGGGUGAUAUAGUGAUGGACAAAGAUGAACUAUUACCCAGAGGCGAAUGGAGACUUGCAAGAGUCAUAGAGACUGUCAGCGGCAAGGAUGGGCUUGUAAGAAGAGUGAAAAUCUCAGUGGGAGAUAAGAAUCUGAGCCAGAAGGGUGAGCGUCUUGCCAAACCUUCAAUAUUGGAACGCCCAGUGCAGAAGUUAGUUCUGCUUUUUGAAGCGUCUUAAGCUGUGGAUACACAAAGACAAUGGCACUCUUAUUGAGAAAAUUAUUCUUAGUUCACACUCAGUGUUUAAUGUGGAACACAAAUAAUUUUGGUGGGAGUGUAGCAAACCACUUUUUGGUUUUAUGUAUUGCUGUUUAUCAUUUUGGCCACAAGAGGACAGCCUUAUACUGUUAAAAUGGUUAAAUAAGUUAAAAUCUUAAAAACAAACAGUUAAGCUACUUUCAAUGCAUUUUUACAUGAUUCGAGAGUAUUAAAUUAUAGUUCAUGAUUUGAGUUUGUUAUAAGAAAAUGUAAUUUAUGUGUUUUAUAUGUAUAUUGCUCAUUUUGGAGCUUAUGUUAUUGUGAGCUUUUAUUUUGAAGAGAUUGCUAACCAAUGUGUCACUUCCUCCUUGCUGUUUUGUGCGGGUAAAAGGAAACAAAAGGACGGUCACAGUAUGAAUGAGCUAAGGUAACGGUGAAAGUAAAAGAGUUUACGGUAAAGGAAAAUAAAGUAAUAAAUCUACGUUAACUAAAGAGUGAAGCAACGAAGAAGGUAUAGCUACCCCCCGAGGAGGCACAAGGUUAGUUAGAGAGUGUGUAUGUUACGGUUUACAUUACAUUACUGUGCUAAAGCUAAGCCAAUUUUCUCUCACCUUCGGUGAAGCUAUUAGGUAAUGGUGCAUUGUGUAAACAGAAAUGUAAUUUCAUUUUUUGUGUUUUGUUAGUUCUCACGGUGAAUUUCAUGGAGCUGAUUUAUGGAAAGGUUUAUGAAAAUAAAGACAGUUUCAAGAAAUCAUCAGUCGAGUCCACCAAUCUGUCGGAGGGUACGCUACACAUACCAUACAAUCCUUUUAAUGUCUUCCUCAUUUCAUAAUGUGAGAUGACGAACAAGUAAUGUAGCUUCAAGUAUGCCACCAAGGCAUUACCACAGCACCCAUUCCGUUAUACCAGAGGUUAUCACUUGAUUCUGGUGCCAGAAGCAUCAGCUGUAAGUCCCUUCAGUCUGUUUCAUUUUGGUCUGAGCGUUGUCUUCUGCCAUGACCAAUAUUCAGGGGUGGCCACACCUGUCUUUUUGUCUUCAACUCCUUCUCAACUGGAUUUUAAAUCCACCUCUUUUGGAGGUUAUUAACAGUUCAGUCUAAGGGUGCAUUCACACCAG